UUUCUUUUCUGGAACGCGUUUUUCGGCAUUCACACCGUCUAGAGAUAAGUCAGUCCACAUUUGCGUCACCGCCAUCGAAAAUGCCACCAAGAAUUUCGUGAGUCAAUAGCACUAAUUACAUAAAGUUACUUUACUUGCUCAGCCGUGAACCGGUAUGUUACCACGGUAUCAGCUAAUAUGGCGCUAAAAUUUGAUGAUUUCCACCUUGUUCUAUGACCGGGCCCCUGAUAACGCGGGCUCCACAGUGAUUGCUUUUUCCUGAGACGUUUCUUAGUCGCGUUCCGUCGAAGCUUCUCGCUUUUAAACCUUUUCUCCUCCCCUUCUUUUUGACCUUCUAGAUUCUUCAAUCGAUAUCACGAAACACCAUCAUCAUGUCUUCAGCCUUUGUUCAGCGCCCUGCUCCCGACUUCUCGGCUACUACCCUCUUCCCUGGAGGCGAGUUCAGAGACAUCAAGCUCUCUGACUUCAAGGGACAAUGGGUCGUUCUUCUCUUCUACCCCAUGGACUUCACCUUUGUCUGCCCUACCGAGAUCAUCCAGUACAACAACGCCCUCGACCGCUUCCGCGAGAUCAACACCACCGUCCUCGGCGUUUCCACCGACUCCCACUUCACCCACCUUGCGUGGGUUGAGAAGCCCCGCAAGCAGGGCGGUCUGGGCCCCGACCUGGAGCUCCCCCUCGUCGCCGACAAGUCCACCAAGAUCUCGCGCAGCUACGGCGUCCUCAUCGAGGACGAGGGCAUCGCGCUCCGCGGCCUCUUCAUCAUCGACCCCAAGGGCGUCCUCCGCCAGAUCACCGUCAACGACCUCCCCGUCGGCCGCGACGUCGAGGAGACCAUCCGCCUCGUCAAGGCCUUCCAGUUCACCGACGAGUACGGCGAGGUGUGCCCUGCCGGAUGGCAGGAGGGUGGAAAGACCAUGAAGGCUGAUCCCAAGGGAAGCCUGGAGUACUUUUCGGAGCAGGGAGAGAAUGGUGAGUCCCGGAAGCGACCCAGGACUGAAUAAAAAAGGACCUGGACACCAUUCGUGGACAGCGCAAAUGAACAUUUGUUUGACUAAGAUUUGUAAUAUUACAGGAGCUAAGGCAUAGAUGUUAGAUUCCAAUGAGACUCGAAUUCCAAUCAACACCCGCCAGUAAAGAAAGAAGAGAAAGACCGCGCUGCUACCGGUAGCAUAUGACGAACGAUCCAACGCAAAAAUAACGAAACGAUCCUUAUAUUUAUGGAGGGCGAUGCACUUGUGUCGAACGAUUGCGACCGGUCGUCUUUGACGAGAUACGAUUAGAAAGUAGACUUAGACUUAGACUAUAGACAUUCCUUGAACAAUGUAUAUUGAUUGACGAUAUUUACUGCCGAUUUGACCGUGACCUAAUGUCUUGCACGG